AUGAUGCAUCUUUGUUUAUUACCCUAUAGUGAUACACAAUUUUAUUAUCGUCCAUCAAUGAAUCCAUCUCUUAAAUUUCGUUCUUCAAUAUCUAAUAAUGAAUCUUAUAUGGAUAAAGUAACAAGACUUACAGUUGAUUUAUCAACAUUAAUUACAGAGAAUAAUUUAUCAUUAUCAUCAGUUCAUUUUUUCUCAAAUAUUUCUACAUUAACUUUAGCUAAUAAUGAAUGUGAUUUAUCAGUUGAAUUUCUAAUGGCUUCGGAGCAAGAUCCUAAACAACCAUUGAUAAAUCCUUUUGUUCAUAAAGAAUCAUUAUAUACUGAACCAAUACCACCAACAACAGUGUUAGAUAUGAUUCCUCAUCCACUAUCAAAUAAAAGGAAACUUCGACGUACAGUAUCAAUAAAACCUUCCGAAAGACACGCUUAUGUGACUAAUUUGAGUGAACGAUUAUCUGCACGAAAAUAUUUACAUCGUCGUCUCGCUUUUGUAAGUGAUCUUACGUGUGGUAUUAGUAUGUUGGGUAUUAUAUUAAUGGUUAUUGGAAAUGAAAUAACUUUCGAUCAAAUUAAUGACAGAGACACACCCACUAGUUGGUUUAUCAAACUAAUACUUACAUUUUCAACUGUAAUUCUUGUUGUUCUUAUACUUGUUUAUCAUCGUUUGGAAUUAGCUUUAUAUUCUGUUAAUAAUUGCAUUGAAGAUUGGCGUGUUGGGCUAACAUUCAAAAAAAUAAUAUUUAUUAUAUUUGAAGUUAUUAUUUGUUUUAUUCAUCCUAUACCACUGGCGUAUCCAACAGAAAGUCGUAUGCAAGAACUAGAUGCAAAAAAUAAUAUAACUACAACAUCAGGACAUCCUUUGACUUAUAUAUCUCUUGAUGUUGCUCUUGGUCUUCCAAUGUUUCUUCGUCUUUAUUUAUUAUGUCGUUGUAUUGUCUAUCAUUCACAAUUGGUUCGUAAUGCAGCGUCUCGAUCAUUUGGUUAUCUUAAUCAAGUAAAAAUUAAUUUUUCCUUUCUCAUAAGAAUUUAUCUUCAACAAUGGCCAACUCGUUGCUUAUUGGUAAUUUGUAUUAUGUCAUUUCUUAUUGGAAGUUGGGCUUUACGUGCUUGUAAUUAUAAACCUUCUGGUGAUGAUCAUUUUCCAAUGUCUGAUGCAAUGUGGUUAUUUACUGUAACAUUUACUUCUCUUGGAUAUGGAGAUUUAAUUGCAUCAACUCAUUGUGGAAGAGUGGUUGCUGGUAUGGUUUCUGUCUAUGGUCUUUUUGCAAGUGCACUUCUUAUUGCUGUACUUGCACAAAAAUUAAUGCUUGAUCGAUCAGAAAAAUAUGUACAUUCUUUUGUUUUAAAUACCCAAUUGACUAAAGAACGUCAAGAACAAUCAGCAAAUAUUAUCAAAUUUGCAUUAAAAUUAUGGGUUUGGAAAGGACAUACUAAAUCAUUUUCAUUUGCUCAUUAUCUUCGAAUACAAAGAAAAUUAUUUCGCUCAAUAAAAGUUGUUCAAGCGAUUAGACGACAAGAACAAGUUUUAAUUGAUAAUAGUAUCGAUCAAGUUGAAUUAGCAACAAUGCAGCAUAAAACAAUCACUAGAACAGAAUUAACAAACAUAAAAAUAAGAAAAAUGGAAGUAAAAGUAGAUAAAAUGGAAGAACAACUUACGAAUGUCAAUAAUACAAUAAAUAAUAUACAAAAUACACUUAAUAUUUUAGUUGAUAAAAUUUCAGGGGGAAAUAAUAUUUAA